AUGCCCCCACGAGAGGUACAGCAAUACGAUAUCGACGAGACCACUGGCUUCCUCCCUCACGAGCCACUGAGGGUAUUGCCAACGGAGUUCAAACGAUGGGAGGACGCACUACUCGAGGCACAGGCGGAAAUGAGUCUGGGAAUUGACGACAGUCCCAGCAGCAGAGAUAAACGAACUGCAGGGGCCCAAUGGAGGGAUCGCGUGAGGAUGUGGCCGGUGCUGGAUACGGAUUGCCUCGCUGGCGACCUACGGCUACUUCAACGAGCCCACUUGAUACUAGCAUUCCUCGUCCAUUUCUUCGUGCAUUCCCAGCCCCGAGGGGAAGCUGGCCCGUCGGUGCUGGUGCCUCGCAGUUUAACUGUGCCAUUGACGGCAGUCUCGAGGAAGUUAGGAAUAGCACCCAUCCUCACGUUCGCGGAUGUUGUCCUUUGGAAUUGGACCGUCAUUGACGGCAGCCGGUCCUUAUCAGUUGGCAACAUCAGGCAUGUGAACCUUUUCUCUGGCAAAGAAGACGAGAGAAGCUUCUAUGCCAAAUGCGCGGCAAUUGAGUUUGAAGCUGCCCGAGCGCUCAAGAUCAUAAAUAAUUAUUGCCGCAUGGAAGAUGUCGACAGCCCAGGCGCAAUAGGCGACAUUGGCGAAGAUCUCGAAAGACUAGCAGAGAUCGUCAAGGGACUUACGAGAGUGUUGGGUUCGAUGCGGGCUGUUGUGGACCCAUACACCUACUACCAUGAAGUUAGACACUGGUGGAAGGGAAGCGGUUCAGAGGGCCAGGGUUCGCCUCCUUGGCCAUACGAGGGAGUCGCCGACAACGAUGUCCUUGACCUGAGCGGGCCAUCAGCAGGCCAGAGUCCAAUCAUGCAUGCCAUCGAUAUCUUCCUCGACGUCGACCACAUGCUCGCAGAGACACGUCUUCCGGUGCCUUCGGGACGCGAUAAACGGGCUGAUGUGGGGUUCAUGGAGAGGAUGCGGCGGUAUAUGCAGGGGAAGCACCGAGAUUACUUGGAGUCCUUGGCGCGUAUGCCUCACGAUAUCCGGGUCCGGCAGGUGGCGGCGAGACAUCCAGAGAAGUUGCAGGACGCAUACAACCAGGCUGUUUUAGCUCUCAAGGAGUUUAGAGACGCACAUCUGCGUAUCGCUUGUCUCUAUAUUAUCUCAAUGUCUAACUCGAACCGAGUCGCUGCCUCUGAGGUGCCGAACAAGACGAGCUCUGGUCCAGCAAGAGGGACCGGAGGGAUGGAGGUCUCGACGUUGCUGAAGGCGACGAGAAAUGCAACUUCUAGAGCACUUCUGCCGACCACUAAUACUCGUAUCGACAACCGCGGUGAAGAGCAAGGAAGAUUUUCGAAGGAAUAG